AUGAUGGAAGCAAUGGGUUAUGGCUUUGAGUGCCUCUCAGUACUGGAGUCACAGUUGGUCACAGCCCCAUGCUUCUGCUUUGUCAACGACACCGACGUCAUUGAGGCUGGCAAUACAGUCCAUCACUCGGGUGAAGCCAUAUGUGCAUCGAUGCAGGACGCCGCCACCCUGUUGGCUGGGGGAAUCCGAGCCACUGGCGGUGCGAUCAACCCCAAGAAGUCCUUUUGGUGGCUCAUCAAUUUUGAGUGGGACUCCCGCACAGGCAAAUGGAAAUUUUGUGGGAAAAAAGCAGUCGCUCCCAACUUUGAACUCCAAAUUCAAGGUCUUUCAGGUGCUACUGAAUCCCUACGUUGCCUGGAACCAGAUGACUUGGAACGCACUUUGGGAGUUAUGCUUGCUCCCUUGGAAAACCUUGAGGCCCACAAGGCUCAGAUGGUUGCUAAAGCCAAGGAUUGGGCAGAACAGCUUCGACCCAACCUGCUUCAGAAAUAUGAUGUCCUCCCCCUCAUCAAGUUGACCAUCAUGAAGAAAUUGGAGUAUCCGAUGGCGCUAACAACUCUGGAUGCCCAGCAAUGGACAGACAUUAUGUCUCCGGUACUUCAAGUGUGCCUUCCGAAGGCGGGUGUCUGUCGUAAUUUCCCUUGGGAUGUCAUAUUUGCUCCGCUGUCCUAUCAGGGUCUUGGACUUCCACAUCCGUUUGGUUGUCAAGUGUUUAAGCAUCUUGAGAUGUUGCUCUGA